UGUUGUGCUUUGAUACAAUACUAGUACUGUUUAUUUGAAUACAGUAUCACUGUUGUUUAUAAUACAGUACUAGUUUGUAUUCAGCUUUAUUGAAGACCAGCUUUCUAUAAGAUUGCCUGGUUCUUCAACCCUUCUGAUUACUUGGUUCUUGCAGCAAUUUUAAUCACUUGCAUUGUUACUACUUGGUCUACAUUAUUACCACCUGCUCUUAUUCAGCAACAGUUACGAGUUUACAUUUUUUGCCUUUACGGUUUAAAUUGUUUUCAGCUGCCUCAAUUUUUCCCGGUGGUCCUGCUCUGUCGCACCUUACUGCUUCUCGGCAGUUAUCCGAAAUCCAGUUUUGUUCAUACCGGUGUGGAGUUACUGCAAACGUACCGCAGAAUAGCUCUUGUUUUUGUGUAACAACUGGACCUUGCGGCUUUGACGGCGAAAUUCUUCAACCGAACUACAAUUGUUCCGCCCCUGCCUACUGAUUCAGCCAAACCCUUAGGUUGAUUUCAGAGAGGCUGAAAAAGUAGGAAAAAAAAAUUCCCGCUUGCCCUACCCUGCACGUAUCCGGCUAUCCUACUCACUCGCCUUAAACUUUAUAUCUUAGGCGCAUUGCCCCUUCCAUCUCUCUAUUGGAUCAACUGAUAGCAUGGCCAACAUGACCGGAGCGUCUACCUCGUCACAUCGAGAUCUUUGUCAGUAACCCUUCUCCCUUUCACAAUCUUGAUCAGCUUGGGAAAAAUAGAGUGAUUCUAAUAAAGAAAAUAGAUAGGGACGGAACUUUCAAGCAACGGCAGUUGAUGAAAUGGCGCUGGGCUAUUCAGCAUAGGCACCAUCAUGCGGCCACCAAUGGUGCAACUGCCAUCUCCACGGAGGAUAUAGUUUUUCUUAACACUCUCCUGACCACGCUGAGCUUUUAUCGCUGGGUCGGUAACGACUUUAACUUGACCAAGAUUGGAAGAGCGGUUAGGUACCUUGCCGACGAGACUCUUUUCGGCGAUGACCUUUCGAACAGAGCGAGGAUCCUCCUCGAACGGUGGGAUAAUGGUAAUUUCACGCCGGGUCCUAUCGAAGACCUGUUCGAUGACGAUUUCAGCUCCGAGACUGGAGAAGAUUCUGAUAGCGCUGAUGAGGGUGUCGUGGGGAGCGCUGCCUACAGGCAUGUCAUGAGAGGCAUCGAUGUGGUUCUUAGCGCAACCGGGAGAAAAACAUAUAUGUUGGAUAGGAGCUUUGACAAAAGGUCUGCCGAUGUAUUUGGAGCUAACGGGCUUGCUGUCGGAGAGUACGUUGUUCUCUUUAUAGCCUUCCUUUAGUCCUAAUCUUAAUUGCAGAAAUAUGCUAACAAGGGUGUAAUAGCUGGUGGCCAUAUCAGAUCUGCGCACUCAGAGAUGGAGCUCACGGUUCUCGUAUGGGCGGCAUCCAUGGUCGUGUUAAUUCGGGUGCCUACAGUAUCGUAAUCUCGGGUGGAUACGAAGAGACCGACAGAGACUACGGCGAUAGGAUCCUUUAUACCGGUUCCCGCGGCGAGAUAAUUCCAAACAGCCCCCAAGUUGCGCCUCUCACCAACGCUACCAUGUCUCUUAUUAAAUCCUACCAAACCAGGAAGGCGGUUCGCGUUCUUCGCUCAUCGAAGUGCAACUCGAGAUGGGCACCUGCUGUCGGUAUCCGAUAUGAUGGGAUUUAUCGUGUUAUGAACUACGAGAUUGAAGAGGAUCACGAAGGGAAGCCGUACUAUCAAUUCGAAUUGCAAAGAAUUCUGGGUCAGGAGCCGAUCAAUACAACUAGACCGGAUGCGAAGGAGAGGACGGACUUUGCUCGUGUUACCGGGAAGUAAUGGCUGCUUGCAGUCAUCGGAUGGGUGGGAGGCGAGUUAGCUGUAUGCUGUGAUUGGAAAGGAAGAAGAGGGGAUGAGGGGGAAGAGGGGAUGAGGGGAGAGGCGAAAACGAAAAACGAAAACCGAAGAAAAAAAACGCAGUAUUACGAAAAUUACGAAAAUAAUAACGACAAGGUUACGAUAGCGGAUUUUUUUUGUUUCCUUUCUUCUUGGAGCAUUACGGGGUAAUGGUUCAUUGGAACCUAUAAAGGAAGUCAUGCAGCGGAUUACUUCGGACUGCGCUUCUGUGGAAGGCUUGGAAAUCGUCGGAAUAGUGCUGUUUUUUUGGUCUUAGUACGGCGACACUGGGACUACCAUGGCUCUGGUCUGACGAUUAAUGGGGAACUGCAAAGGAACGAGUUAUCGGGUUGGAGAUUGAUAGAGCUGAUAGUUUGGGUCUUCUCAAGUUGAAAGGAGGUCGAAUGGGAUUGGUGGAAAAAAAAAAAGACGGAACUCGGCAGAAAAUAGGAUCAUACCCCACGGAGGGUACGGAGGACAUCAAAUUGGUCUCAAGUACUUCUUACAACGACACCAACCCCACAAUCGAUGAAGGAUGAAAGACAGAAGGGCAGUUAGGGAAAUACCGUUUGAUAUGGGGUGAGUUGGAGGGAUGGGUUUGCUUUGCAUUGACGGAUGGAGAUGGAGGAGCUGGUACUGAGUUGUUGUAACUGGCUCUUGUCGCGGAAAAUUGAUGGAUCGGAUACCGGUUUUGUGUUUGUGUUUUGUGUUUGUAUUUUGUUUUUGCUCUUUUGUCUUGCGGUCAUGAGAUGUCGGUGUUUUACUCUUUUGCCUUCAUGUUGUGGGGUACCAAUGUAAUGGGAUUUUUAUUUUAUUUUAACUAGCAUGGGAAAAGCGGGAACUGGUUGGAGGGAUAGAAAAUCUGAUGGGGUUUAAAGCUGGGUGGCAAUAGGUGGAGACCGAGGGGUCGGAUGAAGGUGGAUUGGUGUAGCUACUGGUGGAGCUCUUCCUUGAUUGUCAUGGGUUGCUGGAAAAUUUGUCUUGCCUUUUGUUUUUCCUGUUAUCUUUUUGCCGCAAGCUUAGUACACUUAUAUCAUGGCACUUGAAUGAGAGUUUCCCCUAAUGAAAUUGGCGGAGUGCGUGUAGUGCUCUUUUGAACUGUGACAAGUGAAUAAGUAAAAGUCCCAGUAGCCGGUAGAAAAUGUCAUGAUAUUAUACCUAGGUAAUGGUUGGUUUGGUUUACGGCCCUGCUAGCGAGCUCAAACUCUAACAUAAAUUUGUGCCUGACAUUAAGUCUCACGGUGUUUGGUUGGCGCGGGGACAAGGGCUGGAGUUUCCUUUUUUACAAUAGCACGAUGAUAGAAUAACCGCUUUGAUAUAAACACUGGAAGUCGAGUUUAUGUGAAUUUUGGCGAAGAAGGCUUCGUAGAGGAGGUGUCGGAGCAGGAUAACGGAUUUUUGAUUACAUGGAGAAUAUUUAAAGAUGGUGAAAAUAUCUAGAUCUACAAGUUGAUUGGAUAAGGUUGGAACUAUAUACUACUAGUAGUUCAGUAUGGUUUGUGCACUUCAAAAUGUAUACAGGGCUGAAAAAAAUGUGUUACAUGUGGCCGUGCAAAAUUAACUGCCAAGACCUAAUUCCCAGU